AUGGAGUCCAUGAAGAAGCUUCAGACGGUCCUGGACCUGUACCUCAAGCACCGCGACGCGCUGGGCUACGGCCUGGUCACGCUGCUGACCGUGGGCGGGGAGCGCAUCUUCUCCACCGUCGUGUUCCAGUGCCCCUGCAGCGACACCUGGAACCUGCCCUACGGGCUGGUGUUCCUGCUGGUGCCGGCGCUGGCGCUCUUCCUCCUGGGCUACGUGCUGAGCGCCCGCACCUGGCGCCUGCUCACCGGCUGCUGCAAGGACGCCCGCCCGGGCUGCACCGACUACUGCACCGGCUGCUGCGGCUGCUGCACCAGCUGCUGCGGCUGCACGGGCUGCACCGGCUGCUGCUGCGCGGGGCCGCGCAGGGCGCAGGUGUGCGCGCAGCUGACCUGGGGGGCCGCCCUGGCGCCGCUCACCUGGGUGGCCGUGGCGCUGCUCAGCGGCUCCUUCUACGAGUGCGCGGCCAGCGGGAACCGCAUGCUGGCGCGGCGCCUGUGCAAUGACACCCUGUGCGUGAAGGAGCUGCCGCUGGUUCCCUGCCACAAGGCGAAGGAUGAGGCCGUGCAGGCCCUCCUGAUGAACCUCAAGGCCCAGUCGCAGAUCCUGGGCUGGAUCCUGAUAGCCACUGUGAUUGUCGUCGUUCUGAUUGUUGUGUCUGUCACCCGAUGUGCAUCUCCAGUUAGUUUUCUGCAGCUGAGCUUUUGGAAAAUCUAUGUGGAACAGGAGCAGAAGAUCCUCAAAAGUCAAGCCACAGAACAUGCAACCCAACUGGCAGAAGAGAAUGUUAAAUGUUUCUUUGAAGGUUCACGUCCGAAGGAAAUCAACACUCCGAGCAUGAAAGCCUGGCAGCAGAUCUCAUCCCUAUAUACUUUCAAUCCGAAGCACCCGUACUACAGCAUGCUGCACAAGCAUGUUCACAGAGAAGAGAAGAAUCAAAGUAUCAAAAGCUUAGAAGGAGAUGAGGUGGUUCAUGUUCUUGACUUUGUAGAUAAACAUAAUUUACACACCACUGAUGCGUUAUGA